AUGGCAUUUAUAUGGAUAAAACAUUUAUUAGUGUGCCUAUCAUUACUUUCAGUUUUUUUUGAUCUUUCACAUGCAACAUCCUCUUCAAUAACUACUCCAAAAAAACGUAAUUAUGAAAAAUAUCACUAUUAUAUUAUAGAAGUUAUAGAUGAUUCAUUUGCUACACCAAAAGACGUGGAACAACUGUUAGGCGUCCAAUAUGAAGGGCAAGUAGGUGUACUUGACAACUAUCACAUUUUCAGCUUUCAAAAAAGCCUUGUUACUCGUUCCGAUUCCGAAUCUGAAGAGACUCACGACCGCGUUUUGGCUCGAUAUGAACAACUUAAAAACUUACGCCGAUCCAAUUCUUCAAGUAAAAAAAGGUCCAUGCAAAUAAUAGACAGCAUUCUUUCUGUUGACAAACAAGUUUUAAGAAAAAGGCAUAAAAGAGCCCCUCCUCCAAUUCCUUCUCCUAAAAAUGAAACUGGUCUAAUCACUAUUGCAGACUCUUUGGGAAUUACUGAUCCGGGUUUUGAAUAUCAAUGGCAUUUGCUUAAUCCCAUUGAACACAAUGACAUAAAUGUAACUGGUGUAUGGGAAGAAGGAAUAACUGGAAAAGGUGUCUAUGCUGCUAUUGUCGAUGAUGGUUUAGAUGCGACCAGUGAUGAUUUAGCGGGUAAUUUUUUUGCUGAAGGUUCUUAUGAUUUCAAUGAUGGCGUUCCAAUACCUUUACCUCGUUUGUCUGAUGAUACCCAUGGAACGCGGUGUGCUGGUGAAAUUGCUGCUGUAAAAAAUGAUGUAUGUGGAAUUGGUGUCGCUCCAGAUGCAAAAAUUGCUGGUAUUCGAAUCUUGUCCGGGCAAAUUUCUGACGCUGAUGAAGCUGAAGCGUUAAAUUACGCGUAUCAAAAGAAUCAAAUUUAUUCAUGUAGUUGGGGUCCACCGGAUGAUGGUCAAUCAACUGAAGCUCCAAAAGGAGUUAUUCUUCAAGCCAUUAUAAAGGGCAUAAAAGAAGGUCGUGGCGGCAAAGGCAGUAUAUUCGUUUUCGCUUCAGGUAAUGGUGGUGCUGUUGAUGACAAUUGUAACUUCGAUGGUUACACAAACAGUAUAUAUACAGUCACUGUGGGGGCUGUCGAUCGCACACAUUCACACCCAUAUUAUGCGGAAAAAUGUUCGGCUCUUUUAAUAUCAACUUACAGUAGCGGAAGUGGAAGUUAUAUAUAUACAACUGAUGUCGGUAAACAGAGUUGCACUAAUAUGCAUGGAGGUACAUCUGCUGCUGCACCAAUUGCUACUGGUGUCUUUUCACUAGUGUUACAAAUUAGACCUGAUCUCUCGUGGAGAGAUCUUCAAUAUUUAACAAUGAUCAGUGCUGUUCCAUUCAAUUUAAAUGAAAAAGAGUGGAUACGCAAUUAUGCUGGUCGUUUAUAUAGUCAUAAAUGGGGUUAUGGAAAAUUAGAUGCGUACAGAAUAGUACAAAAUGCUAAAACACAUAAAAACCUUGGAAGUCAAGUUUAUAUAGAAAUGCCUAUUAUUGUUCUCAAUAAAUCAAUACCGUUUACUGAUAGUGGUAUUGUAAGUAGUGUAAAUGUGACCCAGAAAGAUUUGGACAACGCCAAAUUUUCUGGUCUGGAACACAUCACUGUCACCAUAAAUAUUGAUCAUACUCGUAGAGGUGAUAUUGAAGUAGACUUAAUAAGUCCGUAUGGUACAGUGUCUCAUCUUGGUGCUACGAGGAGAUAUGAUGAAUAUAAAGUGAGGGAUAGACAAAACCCUGAACAUUCUGGAAUUUUUAACAAUUGGAUGCUCAAACUUUGGGGUGAAAUUGUUACAUCAACGAGUCCACCACCCUCACCCUCACCCUCCCCAUCCCCAGUAAUAGAAUCUCCAGUAUUACCAGCUUUGCCAACACAGUCAGGUAUUGUAUCCGAAUCAAGAUCAAGUACUUGGAUCUUUGCAAUAUUUGGAAUGGGCGCGGCUUUCAUAUUUGCUGGAAUUGCAUAUUUUGCAAAAAGACGCUUUUGGGAUAAACGUGGUGGUCGAAGUUUCUUUUCGCGAGAAGCCUAUGAAUUUUCUGCAUUGCAAUCGGGUGACGUUACAAGCGGUGUUGAUGUUUCUAUGCCAUUAAAUAAACAAUUUAUAACAUCCAAAGAAUUAUUUGAUGCAUUCGGUAGGAAGGUGUCUUUUAUUGAAUUAUUUAGUCUGCAAGACUAA